GCUUCCAGCCGCUGACGGAUGGACAAGAGGAAAAUCGAAAAGAACUACACGGCCAAAUGUGUCGUGGAUUGCCUGUCCGAAUCCAUAUCAAAUAACGAAAAACAACAUAUUAUAAAGCAUUCGGAAGCCGCAGAAAACCUGCUAGUGUUAUUCGGUCGUUUGAAGUGCAAACAACAUACCGCGCUCGUUGCUUACCAAGUACCUGUGCUCAAAGCUAGACUUCAGUGAGACUAAUCGGAUUGCAGAAACAAACAGUUAGACGCUGCCAUCGGUGAAAAGUACAGAAGGAUAAACCUACUGAUAGGAGGAAUGUCCUCGGCAGAUACUCAAGUGCUGAACAACGCAGUAGUGGACGUCCACGGUACCGACGAUGUCGAGGUGGCGGCGUCGCAAAGUGCAAGCUUUCUGAAACUGGCGAUGACUGCAUUGCGUCUCUCAGCGACCACCGCGACAACCCCCAGCAACGAUCUCAAUAACAAUACUCUCCGGCUGAGGAAACAAAUUUCGCUGGACGAGGUGUCUUAUCAUGACACCAUGCAGGACUGCUGGAUAGUCCUUUACGAUCGCGUGUACGACAUUACCAAUUUUUUGGAAACGCACCCCGGAGGACAUGACGUGCUGCUGGAGCACGCCGGCCGGGACGCCACGAUCGCCUUCACAGGAACGGGCCACUCCAAAGCCGCCUUUGCAUCGCUCAAAAUGUACGAAAUUGGAGAACUGCCCCUGUGCGAGCGAAUCUACCGUUGCCAGGGAAUGCUCAACGCCGCUGUGUUACCGGAUUAAAAUUUCGCAACGGAACGCAGCAUCGAUCGAUAAUGAUUGAAGAGACCUAAGACUUGUGUGUUUUGUUCAUUACGUACUUUGAUUAUUUUUUAUGCAUAGAAUAAUCGUUUCUAUUCAGUUCUAAGAACAUUCCAAUUCAGGAAACGGUUUUCGUUUGGUAGCAAAGCUUUAAUUUAAACCUACGGAAUUGUGCCGUAUUGAUGAGACUUCGCGUCCGCUGGGCGAUCCGUGCAACAGUAUUUGUAGAAAGAUCCAUUUUUAAUAUAUUUCAUACUUCAUACAUGUUGCAUCGAAAACAUAACAAUUGAAUAAAUCUAGUUAUCAUUUGUUACUUCAAAAUCUUAUAGGGCUCAUAAUAAGAUAUCUAUUAGAAAUAAAGAUACAUAAAAAUUA